UCAUAAAAAGAAAAGAAAAAAUAGUACCACUCUUUAUAAACCACAAUCGAAUCGUCGCGUUGACAACACUGUCCUCUGCAAUCUGGAAACAACGUGCAAAAAGAGAAAUCUAUUAAAAUGGCGGAAUUGUCACAAACCGAAAAAACUAGUGAUGCCCAUGUAGUAACAGAAAGCAUAGCAGCUAGUGCUGUAUCAUCAGAAGAUGUCCAGAAAAUUGUGGCAGCUGAGAAAGAGGCUAGUGAAAGUCAGAGUAAGAAGCCCAGAGUUGAUCUUCAGAACUUGCCGACAAGACAGUAUCUUGAUACAACUGUUGUACCCAUCUUGCUGCAAGGUUUGUCAGCUUUAGCCAAAGAAAGGCCACCUGACCCUAUUGAGUAUUUAGCUGCUUACCUUCUGAAGAACAAAUCGCAGUUUGAACAAGGGUGUAUACUGAAUGGUCAGAGCUCUUCAAGUUAAACUGGAAAUACUAAUCCUGUCAAUGAAAAAAAUAAAGUACAGUGAUAAGUUGCUGAAAGUAGAAGAAACUCAAAGUACUCAUGGGAAUUUUGUUUUUCAAUCAAGUUGCAUAUGGCAUCUUAUAUUGCGUAGUAAUAUUCAGUGUUUUUGUUUGCAUAGAUGGAUUUGGAUAUUAGGAUAAUGACCACUUUUAAAAUGUAUAUUUUUGUUUUACACUGUACAUUAUAAUAUUUUAUUUCACAUUACGAACAGUGGAGAAAGAAAAAUCAUAUGCACUUACUUAACCAGAAUAGCAGCACACAUACAUGCUUAACAUUGACAAGUGGUUAUACAUUUCCAAGAAUGAUACUUCUCUUGUGUGGUUACAUUCAUAAGCUUAGCCAUUGAAAUUUAGCUUUACAGUCUUCUAGAUGUAUUGUGUAUAAAGUAUAUUACAGUGUACAAUUUCACAAAGUCACUCACGUUUAGAAUUUACUAAUGACAACACAGGAGUCUCAGAAUGUUGCAACUAUAUGAUGAAUAUAUUAAUGGCUCAAAAUAUUAUAUUAUCUCAGAAGAUGCAAAAGAAAAAUGAUUAAGUUGUACAAUGCACUAAUAUUUUGUAUAUGAUUUCUUUCCCUUUACCUGAGCAGUACACCUUGUUUUCAUGCUGCCAUAAAGUAUAUCAAUAUAUAAAGGUAGAAUAUUGUUUCAGAUGCUCUUCAUAUACCCUACAAUUAAGCCAAGCUGUUUCAUUUCCUUUUAACCUUUUGGUUUGGUUGCUUCUCAGGAGUAGUUUUCAAGUACCUACAUGUCUAUUGAGAAACCAUUGUGCUAUUGGUCUUGAAGGUAGCAUUCACACCUGUAUUUACGAUCAGUGGCAAGAUCUGUAUUUAAUCAUUAUCUAUCUUAUAAAGAACAUUCUUUAAGAAACUUAACAAUACUUCUGGAGAGUUUUGGUUUAUUCUUUGAGCAUCUGUUAUUGACAGUGCUAAUUUCAUGUAGCUCUUCAGUCUUGCAUACAUCUCAUAUUCAAACAUGAAGUGUUGCUGCAAUUUUUCUCAUGGAGUAUCAUUGUAUGCUCUAAAUUUUGAUUGUAGUAUUUCAGUCCUGGCAGGCUGGAAGCCACAACAAGAUUAUACUAACUUCUACUGGGCAUAGUAUAAGUACUUGUAUUUUUAUAGGCUAUACACUGGUCUGUACUUCUUGAUUGGUUGUAUGAAAACCAGUCACAGUGUAAACUCUCAGCACAUGAUACUCUGGUGCAUUUCAUUUUCACCGAAUAAAGGGAUGUGUAUCCUUUUUA